ACCAUGGCGGACGAUCUGAUCGACUUCAAUGUGAUUGAAGGACAGAAGGAGAACAUCCAGGCUCUUCCCAGCGGCCGCUCCGCCAAAGCGCUGGCCCAGCUCUACUCACCACCGCUGCUGGGAGCCAACCCGACGCCGAACGAUGCGCAUGCAGAGAAGCGCGCCGAGUUUGAGAGGGAACUGGCCAACAUCGACGAGGCCGACGAUCCGCUCGACGUCUACGAUCGAUACGUCAAAUGGACACUCGACACAUACCCAUCCGCACAAGCAACACCGCAAUCACGACUACUGCCUCUCCUAGAGCGCGCAACAAAGACGUUCCAAUCCUCCAAAGACUACAAGAACGACGUGCGAUAUUUGAAGAUUUGGCUACACUACAUUCGACUCUUCUCAGAUGCGCCUCGGGAAGUGUUUGUGUUUCUGGCGCGACAUGGCAUUGGCGAGGGUCUGGCGUUGUACUAUGAAGAGUUCGCGGCGUGGCUGGAGAACGCGGGACGAUGGAGCCAGGCGGAGGAGAUCUACAAGAUGGGCAUCGAGAACGAGGCUCGUCCCUCAGAACGGUUGAUGCGCAAGUUUGGCGAGUUCGAGCGGCGGAAGGAGGCACGACCAGAGGACACAACGGAGCCGUCGAGUCCAGCUUUGCCUGCUGCGCGGCCGGCGUUGGCAGCAAAGACGGACCCUUUUGCUGCUGUGACGCCUUCUCCUACUCAACAGCAGCAGAGUAGUCGCAGUGCUGCGGGCGGCAGCAAGAAGGCGAAAAUGGCCAUCUUCACUGACGGCGGCGAAGACUCGAGACCCGCGUCUGGAAGCAGCUCGAAGGGUUGGGACAACAUUGGAACGCUUGCAGAUCGCAAGAAGGAGAAUGCCGCAGAAGUGAAGCCUAUGGCCGGGCAGAAGCUCAUGGCUGGUAAAACAAAUACUGGCAUGCAGAAGAUGAUGAUAUUCAAGGACCAGUCUUCUCGUUCAAUGCCACGACAUCUUUCCUCGCACUCGUCGUCAUCGAGUAGUAGCCAUGAGCAGCAGUGCGUGUUCAAUGAAAAGACUGGUAGGCUGGAGUGCGUUUUUGUAAACCUUGAGGCUGUUUACCCAGUGACAGGCAAUCUGGCUGUGGAGUACUGCUUUGAAGAGCUACGAGCGCGACAUCGAGGGUGGUUGGACAAGGAUUGGCGGAACGAGCAGCAGCAGCAGAAGAAGCCGAAGAAACUGACCAAGAGCGAGUCUUUCGACAUCCAGUUGGACACGCCAACGCCCCUACAAGAGCAGAUGCAACAAGAAGACGCGCCUUUAGCAAAGUCGGUCAUCAAGGACAAGCCGUUCACCAUCUUCUCCGAUGCUGACCAGGAGAUGCCUAUUUCGCGACCGACAUCGAAGCAGAAAGGGUUCAAAAUCUUUGAAGACACGGAUCUCGAACCCAGACCGCUGCCCAAGCCUGAAGUUUCCAGCAGACCUACGACAGUCACGAAAACUCUGGCAUUGAAUGACGAGAACGAUGAGAACACGCCACCUUCCAAGCAAGAAAUCGAUGCAGCCAAGAAGGCGAGACGCGAAGAACGCGCAAACCGAACGCGCAAGAUCAAGGUGAUGGAAGUCCAGCACAUCAAGAACGAGACGCAGACGAUCAAGCUGAACAUGGACUCGCCGAAGUCGAAGCCGAAGCGAAGAAAGUCGGUUGCCCCUGAACCAACAAUGACAAUCAACACUAAAGAGGCCAUGGACGAGAUUUAUGGUAUCUUCAGUGCACCCCUGCCAUCCCAAUCGGAGCAACAACGGCAGGAAGAGGAGUCUGAAGAGGAGAGUGACGAGGACAGCGAGGAUGAUGAAGAUGAUUACACGACUGGGGACGAAAGCACAGCAACGGGCAAACUCUCGGCUCCCGCGAGCGAAUAUGGCGAUGAGACGCGAAAUGAACUCCUUGGAGCGCAAUGUGACGAUGAUCGCACUGAUGUAUCAGGCUGGUCCGACUUUGACACAAGCAAGCACGUUCCAAAGGAAGACGACGAGAGCGGUGUGACAUCGGCGCAAACCACAGUACAGGACACUUACGAGGUGGACGAAGCCAUGACUCCUGUCCACGAUGAGAAUCCUCAGACCCGCUACAUUCCCGUGGCCCCAGAAGACUACGAACCGCCUGUAAUGCAGAUGCGUGACAUGAACAUAGUGCCCAAUCACAGGCUGCCUUUUAUGACGCCCAUUGUUGAGCAGACGGAGUCGUCAUUGGGUAUACCCACAGGGAGACCGGAAAAGGACUACUUUGGUGCAAAGACGCCUAGUAGAAAGAUUGGUAUGCCUGUUGGGUUUGAUGAUGAAGAUGGAGAAGACGAAGAUGAAGACAAUGAACCUCCUAGCAGUCCAUUUGAUGAUGUGACAGCUGACAUGGAUGAAGACAAACGCAGGGUCCUUCAACCUAUUCGAACGAAGAGCACCAAAGGCACGUUGUCACUUGGACAGGGCACAUCUAAAGCACAAAUUGAUGCAAAAUUAGAGGGACCUGCGAACGCGGACACUGUCCAGAAAGGUCCCAUUGUCAAGGACCUUCAGUGCAAUCCCAUGGACCCAUGUCUUCGUCAAAGCAUUCUCUCUCAGAUGAAGCCAUCUCUGACGACCUACGAAGGUUACCACGAGCAUCUCGAUGCUGUUUCAGGGAAGACGUCAGAAAUCAAGAAGUACAUCAAGCAGCUACAAGCAUCACGAAAGAGCCAAAGCCAGUCUCAGGAGAAGACUUCCAACAUACCGCCUAUGGUUGCCUUUCCCGGAGCAGGUGGCAUUUAUACCAUCAAACGAGAGCUCGGAGCCGGUACUUUCGCUCCCGUCUACUUGGUCGAGAAUAGUGCCGCGGGCUCUCUCGAAGAACGAGAAGAUCUUCUCGGUGAUGACCACGACGAUGGCCAAGAACUUUCUUCUGUUUCCACUUCACGUCUGGGAAAACUCACUCAUAGAAGACCUCUGGAGGCCAUCAAGAUGGAAGAACCACCUUCAUCCUGGGAAUUUUACAUUUUACGUGCCACACAUCGAAGAUUAGGCGUUAGUCGCGCUUCAGAGUCCAUUGUCAAAGCCCACGAAAUGCAUCUCUUCCGGGAUGAAUGUUUCUUGGUCGAAGAAUUCCGAGACCAAGGGACUCUUCUCGACCUGGUCAACAUCGCUCGCUUAGAAUCCGGUUCGAAUGGUGGCAUGGACGAGAUGUUGUGCAUGUUCUUCAGCAUCGAACUCCUCCGAACAGUAGAAGCCAUGCAUUCCAAACACCUCAUCCACGGAGACCUCAAAGGCGACAACAUCCUCGUCCGCUUCGACGAUCCAGGCAUGGAAACCGACUGGUCCAAUACCUAUUUCCCGUCGGGCGCUCAUGGCUGGUCGAGUAAAGGCAUCUGUCUCAUCGACUUUGGUCGUGGAGUCGACAUGAAGCAUUUCGAAGACCACGUCGCAUUCAUCGCGGAUUGGAAAACCACGGAUGCGGAUUGUGCAGAAAUGAGAGAAUUGCGACCGUGGACCUAUCAGAUCGAUUAUCACGGUAUGGCGGGUAUUGUGCAUUCGCUACUGUUUGGCAAAUAUAUGGAGACGAGCGCGGAUAAGGGUGGCCCUUCCUCGUCUUUGGGCGUAAGUCAUCUUGGUGGUGCGACGAAGAAAACGUAUCGCAUCCGAGAGUCUUUGAAGCGGUAUUGGCAGACGGAGAUUUGGAAUGAAUUGUUUGGGCUGUUGUUGAACCCUCUCAUGCAUGUCGAGAAUGAGGAUGGGAGGAAAUUGCCUGUGGUGAGGAGUUUGAGGAGUUGUCGUGAGAGAAUGGAGGGUUGGUUGGAGGAGAAUUGUGAGAGAGGGGUGGGAUUGAAAGGGAUGAUUUUGAGGAUGGAAGGUGCUAUACGCGAUCGGAAGAGGAAGGGUGUGAGGUCUUGAAUUGUUUGAGGGCGGGCGGGUGAAGCCAUUCUCUGUCUCUCUCCUGUCUCGGUCCUUUUUGGCGUUUGAUGGAUUUUGAUGAUAUCCACGUUGGCAUAUUGGGGUGCAGGAGCGAGUGGAUUGUAUAGAUUUCGUAUCUCGCAUCAUCAUCAUCGACUUUUGAAGUACAGGAAGAAAGAGAUAGACCCUCUACUAUCUCUUCAAAUUCUCUUCCAGUUGAAUUCAAG